AAGAAAAUUACAGGGCGAAAAAUCAAAGAAAGCUAAAGAUGGAGGAGAAUAUUGGGUGCAAACAAACUAUCAAAACUGAACCCACUGCACCAUCGAACGAUGAUUGGAGAGCUCAACUUACGCCUACUAUUAGACACAAAAUUGUCAAUAAAUUAUUGUUAAAAUUGAUGAGUCGGGUGUCUUCUUCUGAUCCUAAUAGUCUCAAUCGAUUUACUAAUAUUGCGGCACAAGUUGAGGAAAAGAUCUUCCGCUACGCAACAACCAAGGAUAUUUAUCUAAAAGGAAUAUGCAAGAAGAUGGCAUUGAUGGAUAACUCAAGCAGCAGCAUUGUUGCUUCCUCAUCCAGCCAAGGUACAGAGCUUUCUGAGGCAGAUGCAACUGGGGACAGCUCAAGGUUGCGGAAUGUGCCUGGAUUUGCUCAUAACAUAAUGGGAAAUUCAGUAAAUCAGCUGCAACCAAUUAUUGCCACUACCAAGAGUGAGAUGUCUGCAAGCCAGCCUUUGCAACUGGUGGUUUCCCAGCCAGACCAACCUCAGCAGUUGCAAAAUCACCAGUUGCAAAGGCUGUACAAUAAUCGCCUUCCACAGAAGCAGCAGACUGGAUCACAAAAUAUUCAGCAACAACACAUGCAGCAGAAAAUUUCAUCACAACAGUUGCAUCAACAGGUGCCAGAGCAGCAGUCAAGUGCUACACUGUUUAAUUGGAAUCAGCAAUUUAUGCAGCAAAUAAAUACUUCAGAGCAGCAGCAAAAUUCCUUGAGUCAAGGGUACAAAUCAAAUACAUUCCAGCAGCCAUUUGGCUUGCCAAGUAAUGUUUCUGGAGUGUUGCAACUGCAAAAGGUGGUUGCACCUCAGUCAAAUGUCUUGAAACUACAGUCACAUCAGCCUCUGACACCCAUGCUUCGACCUGUGGAGGUCACUGCCGCACAACAUGAGGUCCCACAAACCUUACAGUCAACUCAGUUUCAUCAGCUACAAGGUUCUCCAAUGAAACUUAAUCUAUCAGAGGAAACUAUGCAGCAAAUGCUUCAGACAUCAGCUGUCUUGCUUCAGUCUCAGAAUGUAAUUGAUCAGCAGAAGCAAAUUCAAUCACAGAGAGUGCUCCAUGAAGAGUCAACAGCAUCAUUAGGUUCCUCUGCUCCAAACGAACUCACAAAUGUGGCUAAUUGGUAUGACUGGGCAUAUCAAAAGCUACAAUCUGUGAGGGAGAAUUGCUUAGAAGAUUUGGAAAGACUACAGAAGACAGCAGUUGACAUGUUUCAGCAGGCACAAAAUCCUGAAAAUUUCAAGAAAUCAAUUAUUUCAAUUGGGAAAAUGAUAACUUUUUUAAAACUUCCCAGAAGUGACAUUGUACGGUUCUCUGAGCAGAAAUUUCAGGGUUAUUUACAGGCAAUUGUUUUAUUUGUAUAUCAUAGUAACAUGAAGAAUAAAAAUUCUGUGCCUGUACAACAACAUGCACAGCAACUUCAACUUUCUGGUUGCCAAUCCCAACCAUCUCAGCUGCAGCAUAACAAAAAUGUGAGACCCCACUUUCAUCCAGUGAAGUUACCCUCAAGAAGCACUCCAAUUGGUAUAUCUCCACUUUCAGAAAUAGAGCAAGGGUUUCCUAAUUCACAACCAACAAUGAUAAAUUCACUUCAGUCUGGGUCUCAAACGAGAUUGGAGAAAAGAAAUGUUUUUAGUCCAUUGCAGCAUGAUUAUCCAACACCUGUGCACCAAGCAAUCACCGGUUCAUCAAAACAGACAAAAUUUUCUCAUAAUUCCAGUCUGAAUACACUUGAUUCCACUAUAAAUUCGUUUCAAAAGAGUUCUACUAUCAUCACUUUCCAGCAACAGAAGCAACACAAAAUACAUCAAACGAUGCAGCCACAGAACCUAAAGCAAGAAAAUCAACUUCAGUCGAUUCAGCAAAGGAAGCAACAGGUGUUUACAGAAGAUGCCCAACCCAGUAUUAGUUCAGGAUUUCUUCAGUGUUGUCACUCAAUUGACUCGGAACAUCCUGAUCAAACUCAACCACCAAGAAAUCCUGUCCAAUUUCAUUCCACCUCUCAAAUAUAUCAGAGUUCUUCUCUUCAAGUUAGCCAACAAAAUCUAGGGUCACCUCUUUCAAAAGCUGGUACAGUGUUUCCAUCUGCAACACCAGUAGACCUUGAGAAACGCCCCUCUUCUGUUUCUGUACUUUCAAACUCAGAUUGCAAUCAGCAAACAGCUGCUCCAAAGCAGCCACUUGAGCGCUUACUUAAAGCGGUUGAAUCAGUUUCACAAAAAGCACUGAGUGCCUCUGUUCAAGAAAUUGAUAUGAUAGCUGGAACCACAAUUGAUAAUGUAUCCAAAGGUUCUGUUGGUGGGGGUUUGGCGUGUAGAAUGAGAUGUCAAAUACAAGCAAAGAACUACAGGUUGCAAAAUGGACAUGUUUUUGUGGACAAGAUGAAGCACCAGAUCAGUUACAUGGCCCAUAAUGCAACUUUGUUAUCUGCCAAUGAAAUUUGUAGUUUUAAGCGGUUAGCUGAUGAUUUAAGUGACCUAGAUUCAACUGCAAGAUAUCAGAUCAAGCGGCCCAGGAUUGAGCCAAAAAAUGAACUCUGGAAUGAAAUCAAAUGCAUAAACCAGCAGUUAGUAGAAACCAUGAUAGAUUUAGAUUCAACUGAAGAUCUUGCUUCUAUUGAAAUUGGUGAAGGAACUGUUAUCAGAUGCUCCUAUAGCGCUGUGGCUCUGAGUCAAAAUUUGAAGUUGCUGUAUGCUUCAUCCCAUAUGCUGCCAGUGCUUUCUUUAUGGUUGCUUGUUCCUGCUGAUUACCCGAAUUCUUCUCCUACAAUCUUUGAUGGGAUGACUGUCCGCUGGAGCCAUGACAAUAAGGAGUCUAAAGAACUAUCGGAAAAUGCAAAGUUAAAGUUCAGCGUUGUUCUGCGCAUCCUUUCAGAGCCCAUAUCUCUUGGAGAGAUGGCGAGAGCUUGGGAAUUCUGUGCCCGUGAAGUAUUUCUUGAGAAUGCUCAGCAUAUUGGAGGAGAGUGCUUUAGUUCAAGAUAUGGUCGGUGGGAGAACUGCAUUACUGGUUGAUCUUUGUUGUCCACUAAAUGUGCAAAACUAAGAACGUUUGUAAAGAGCUUUAUUCUGUAUAGUUUUGCCUUGUAAAUUAGAUUACCAUGCCAUUUUCCUGUUACUUAGCAUCCUGUGUUUUAUAGUAUAAUUUAUAAUGUUAAAUGUGUAGAGUUUAUAGGCAAAGCCAAUAACAAGGUUUUAUGUAUCUACUUUAUUUUUUUU